CAGAAGCUGGCUGCUCUAACCACAAUUUGCCUUACUGUCAAACAUCUCUCUCUCUUUCAGACACACACACACACACACACACACACACACAUACACAGUAAGACGAGACAACUUUUCUGAGUUUUGACAGGACAGCAACAAAGUGGAAAGCUGGAAGGUGACUUUUACAUCAUAUUUAUUUCAUGGAAGCUGUUCACAGUGGGAUCUAAUCCAUAUCAGGGCUUAUAAAGGAGCAAGCACAUCAGGAAGAGAACAGAUACCCAACUUUGUUUGAACUGGCUGUCUGAAUUCUACACCAGACUGUGAAAGCAAAACAGCAUUAGAGCACCAAGUGAGUCCCAAAGGAACUGAGCGUUACGAUGGGGCUCCCAACUCAGGUUUUGGCCUGUGCAAUCAUAGUUUUGUUACACCAGCAUGUCAGUGGUGGACUCAUCAAGAGAAUUAUUCGGCAAAAGAGGGAGGCUGGUUUAAAUGUGACCUUGCCAGAUGAUAAUCAGCCUGUAGUUUUUAACCAUAUCUACAACAUUAAGUUGCCUGUGGGAUCCCUCUGCUCUGUGGACUUGGAUUCAGCUAGUGGAGAUGCAGACCUGAAGGCUGAGAUUGAGCCAAGCAAGGACUAUAAGGAGCACACAGUGAAUGAGGAUAACCAGAUCGUCUUCACGCAUCGCAUCAAUAUUCCUCGGCGGGCAUGUGGCUGUGCAUCUGCUCCUGAUAUUAAGGAUCUGCUGAGCAGACUGGAGGAGCUGGAGGGGCUGGUAUCUUCCUUACGAGAGCAGUGUACCAUUGGUGCAGGCUGCUGCCCCAGUGCCCAAACAGCAGAAGGUCGAGUGGAUACCACACCCUUUUGCAGUGGACGAGGGAACUACAGCACUGAGAUCUGUGGCUGCAUUUGUGAUCCUGGCUGGAAAGGACCCAACUGUUCAGAACCAGAAUGCCUGAACAAUUGCUACAACAGAGGCCACUGUGUUAAUGGCAAAUGCAUCUGUGAUGAGGGCUUCACAGGCAAGGACUGCAGCGAACUCACUUGCCCUGGUGAUUGUAAUGACCAAGGCAAGUGCAUUGAUGGUGUGUGUGUAUGCUUUGAGGGUUACACCGGAGAAGACUGCGUUGAAGAGCUUUGCCUACCACUGUGCAGUGAGCAUGGGAAGUGUGUGAAUGGGCGGUGCAUGUGUGUUGAAGGUUUCACUGGGGAGGACUGCAGUGAGCCCCUGUGCCUGAACAACUGCAACAACCGAGGGCGCUGUGUUGAAAAUGAGUGUGUCUGUGAUGAGGGCUACACAGGCGAAGACUGCAGUGAACUGAUCUGCCCCAAUGACUGCUUUGACCGUGGCCGCUGCGUCAAUGGGACUUGCUACUGUGAAGAGGGCUACACUGGGGAAGACUGUGGGGAGCUGACCUGUCCCAACAAUUGCAAUGGCAAUGGCCGCUGUGAGAAUGGUCUGUGCCUCUGCGAUGAAGGCUUUGUGGGCGACGAUUGUAGCGAGCGGAGGUGCCCCAAGGACUGUAACAAGCGUGGCCGCUGUAUUGAUGGGCAGUGCGUGUGCAAUGAGGGCUUUGAGGGCAUUGACUGUGGCCAAGUGAAGUGCCCCAAAGAUUGCAACAACCGUGGGCAGUGUGUCAAUGGACAGUGUGUAUGCGAUGAGGGCUUCAUGGGUGAAGACUGUGGUGUACUAAGGUGCCCCAAGGACUGCUCCAACCAUGGACGCUGCAUCAAUGGACAAUGCGAGUGUGAUGAGGGUUUCAUGGGUGCAGACUGCAGUGAGCUGAAGUGUCCCAAUGACUGUCACAACCGUGGACGCUGUGUCAAGGGGCAGUGUGUAUGCGAUGAGGGGUUCAUAGGCGAAGACUGUGGUGAGCUGAGGUGCCCCAAUGACUGUUACAACCGGGGACGCUGUGUCAAAGGCAUCUGUGUGUGUGAUGAGGGCUUUGUAGGCAACGACUGCAGUGAGCUGAGGUGCCCCAAUGACUGUAGCAAACACGGACGGUGUGUCAACGGGCAGUGUGUGUGUGAUGAAGGAUACACAGGAGAAGACUGUUCUGAACUGAGGUGUCCCAAUGACUGCCACAACCGAGGACGCUGUGUGGAUGGGGAGUGUGUGUGUGAGAAGGGGUUCACUGGAGUGGACUGUGGUGAGCUUGCUUGCUUGGACAAUUGCAACAACCAAGGCCGCUGUGAGAACGGGCAGUGUGUGUGUGACGAAGGUUUCACAGGGAUUGACUGCAGCCAACUACGGUGCACCAAUGACUGCAACAAUCAGGGACGCUGCAUUGAGGGGCAGUGUGUGUGUGAUGAGGGCUUCACUGGAGAGGACUGCAGCCAACGAUCCUGCCUCAACAACUGCAACAACCUGGGCCGCUGUGUUGAUGGACGUUGCGUCUGUGAUGAUGGAUACAUUGGCGACGACUGCUCUGAUGUAUCCCCUCCAAGUGACCUGACUGUAACAAAUGUGACAGAUAAGACUGUCAAUCUGGAAUGGAAGAAUGAAAAUCUAGUCAAUCAAUACCUCAUCACCUAUGUUCCUACCAGUAUUGGUGGCUUAGAUAUGCAGUUCACAGUGCCUGGAAACCAGACAUCUGCCACAAUCCAUGAACUGGAGCCAGGGGUGGAGUACUUUAUCCGUGUCUUUGCCAUCUUAAAGAACAAGAAGAGUAUCCCAAUCAGUGCUAGGGUAGCAACCUAUCUGCCAGCUCCAGAAGGCCUGAAAUUUAAAUCUAUUAAGGAGACAUCUGUGCAGGUGGAAUGGGAUCCUCUGAACAUUUCUUUUGAUGGAUGGGAGCUUAUCUUCAGAAAUAUGAAAAAGGAAGAUAAUGGAGACAUAACCAGAAGUUUGACAAGGCCUGAGACAUCAUAUAUGCAGCCAGGCCUGGCACCGGGACAACAGUAUAAUGUAUCUCUGCAUAUUGUGAAAAACAAUACCAGAGGACCUGGACUCUCCAAGGUGAUAACCACAAAGCUUGAUGCUCCCAGCCAGAUAGAGGCAAAAGAUGUUACUGACACCACUGCUUUGAUCACAUGGUUCAAACCCUUGGCUGAAAUUGAUGGCAUUGAGCUUACAUAUGGCCCCAAGGAUGUUCCUGGGGACAGGACAACAAUUGAUCUCUCUGAAGAUGAAAACCAGUACUCUAUUGGAGAUCUGAAGCCAUUCACAGAGUAUGAAGUGAUGCUGAUCUCUCGCCGUGGAGACAUGGAAAGCGACCCCACGAGUGAAGUCUUUUUCACAGAUCUGGAUGCUCCGAAGAACCUGAAGCGUGUGUCUCAGACAGACAACAGCAUCACCUUGGAGUGGAAAAGGAGUCAAGCAGACAUCGAUAGCUACAGGGUCAAGUUUGCCCCAAUCUCAGGUGGAGACCAUGCUGAGAUCACUGUGCCAAAAAGCAAUCAGGCCACAACCAAGGCUACACUCACAGGUUUGAGGCCUGGAACUGAAUAUGGCAUUGGAGUUACAGCAGUGAAGGAGGACACAGAAAGUGCUCCUGCUACUAUUAAUGCUGGAACUGACCUGGAUAGUCCCAAGGACCUGGGAGUCAACGAUCCCACUGAAACUAGUCUCUCCCUGCGGUGGAGGAGACCACUGGCCAAGUUUGAUCGCUACCGUCUCACUUAUGUUACCCCUUCUGGAAGGAAGAAUGAAGUAGGGAUCCCAGCAGAUAGCACCUCUUACAUCCUGCAAGGACUCGAUCCUGGUACAGAAUAUACCAUCAGCCUGAUAACAGAGAAAGGCAGGCAUAAAAGCAAACCCACAACUGUCAAGGGUUCUACUGGUGACCAACGAGAAACAGAAUUUACCAAUCUCACAGCUGGCACACAAUACCAGAUUAACCUCCAUGGAAGUGCUCGAGGUCAGCUGUCUCAGUCACUGGAAGCUAUAACCAACACAGCGGAGGAACCUGAGCUUGGAAAUUUAACAGUAUCAGAGGUUAGCUGGGAUGGUUUCCGACCCACGUGGACAGCAGCAGACGGGGCCUUUGAGAAUUUUGUCCUUCAGGUGCAGGAGUCUAACAAUCCAGAAGAAGUUCAGAAUCAUACAGUCCCAGGGGGACUGCGUUCUGUGAAUAUUACUGCUCUCAAGGAUAACACACGUUACAGUAUCACCCUGUAUGGUGUGAUUCAGGGCUACAGGACCAAACCCCUUUCCACUGAAACCACGACAGCAAUGCGCGCAGAAGUUGGUGAGCUAAACGUUUCCAGCAUUACUCCAGAAGGCUUCAACCUUUCCUGGACAGCCACUGAAAGGGCCUUCGAGACCUUUACCAUUGAAAUCAUUAAUUCUAACAGGUUGUUGGAGCCCAUGGAGUACAACAUCUCAGGCAAUUUAAGAACUGCUCAUAUCUCAGGGCUAUCCCCCAGCACUGAUUAUAUUGUCUACCUCUAUGGGAUCACUCCUGGUUUCCGCACACAGGCAAUAAGUGUUGCUGUUACUACAGUAGAUGAACCUCUCCUUAGCAAACUAACUGUCUCAAACGCUACCUCAAACAGUGCGUCUCUCACGUGGGAAGCACAGGACACUGCCUUUGAUCACUUUGUUUUAGAAGUCAGAAACUCUGACUUGCCUUUGGACUCCCUGGUGCACACAGUGUCAGGGGCUUCAAGAAGUUUUGUAAUCACCAAUCUAAGAGCUGCCACUAAUUACACUGUCCAACUCCAUGGUCUAGUUGAUGGGCAAAUUGGUCAGACUUUGACAGCAGUGGCAACCACAGAGGCUGAGCCACAGCUGGGCACGCUAACACUCACAAACGUUACCCCCGACAGCUUCAACCUCUCAUGGACCACAAGAAAUGGGCCUUUUGCAAAGUUUGUUAUAAAUGUUAGAGAUUCCUAUUCAGCACACGAACCUCAGGAGCUUACAGUGUCGGGAGGUGCCCGCAACGCUCACAUCUCAGGCCUGGUAGAUUACACUGGCUAUGACAUUAAUAUUAAGGGCACCACCAGUGCAGGUGUCCACACAGAGCCCCUCACUGCUUUUGUCAUGACAGAGGCCAUGCCCCCACUGGAAAAUCUAACUGUCUCUGACAUUAACCCUUAUGGGUUCACAGUGUCCUGGAUGGCAUCGGAGAAUGCCUUUGACAACUUUCUAGUAAUCGUGGUGGAUUCUGGCAAGCUGCUGGACCCACAAGAGUUCCUCCUUACAGGAACCCAGCGGCAUCUGAAGCUUAAAGGCCUUAUUACUGGCAUUGGCUAUGAGGUUAUGCUUUAUGGUUUUGCCAAGGGGCGCCAAACAAAGCCCCUAAGCAUUGUGGCCAUUACAGAAGCAGAACCUGAGGUCGACAACCUUCUGGUUUCAGAUGCUACCCCAGAUGGCUUCCGUCUUUCCUGGACUGCAGAUGAUGGGGUUUUCGACAGCUUUUUUAUUAAAAUCAGGGAUAUCAAAAAGCAGUCUGAUCCAUGGGAACGUAUAGUACCAGGUCAUGAACGCACCCAAGAUAUAACAGGGCUGAAAGAGGGUACUGAGUAUGAAAUUGAACUCUAUGGAAUUAUCAGUGGACGGCGUUCCCAACCCAUAAAUACAGUAGCUAUCACAGCCAUGGGAUCUCCCAAAGGAAUCAAUUUCACUGACAUCACUGAAAACUCAGCUACAGUCACCUGGAUGCUUCCAAGAACCCGAGUAGAAAGUUUCCGGAUUCUCUAUACCCCCAAAACUGGAGGUACUGUUAAUGUUGUGACAGUUGAUGGAACCAAGACUAGGACCAAGUUGGUGAAACUGAUCCCUGGUGUAGAAUAUGUUGUCAACAUCACCUCUGUCAAAGGAUUUGAAGAAAGUGAGCCUGUCUCUGGAUCUCUGAAAACAGCUCUGGACAGCCCAUCUGGCCUAGUGGUGGUGAAUAUCACAGAUUCUGAGGCCUUAGCAACCUGGCAGCCAGCAAUUGCUGCUGUGGACAAUUAUGUCAUCUCCUAUAUUUCUGAGGAGGAGCCAGAAGUGAAGCAGAUGGUGUCUGGGAACACUGUGGAAUAUGACCUUAAUGGCCUUCGACCUGCAACUGAGUAUAUACUGAGGAUGCAUGCAGUAAAGGAUGCUCAGCAGAGUGCAACUAUAUCAACCAAAUUUACUACAGGGUUGGAUGCUCCAAGAGAUCUAAGUGCCAUUGAUGUUCAAUCAGAAACAGCAGUAUUGACAUGGAGGCCUCCUCGUGCUUCUCUCACUGGCUAUCUCCUAAUCUAUGAGUCUGCUGAUGGCAAAGUCAAGGAAGUCAUCCUGGAACCUGAGAAAACUUCCUAUGAUUUGACUGAGCUGAGCCCAUCCACUCAGUACACAGUGAAACUGAGGGCACUGAAUAGAUCCCUGAAGAGCAACAUCAUCCACACUAUUUUCACGACAAGUGGACUUCUCUAUCCUUUCCCUAAAGACUGCUCUCAAGCUCUACUGAACGGAGAAACUGCCUCUGGACUCUACACCAUUUAUCUGAAUGGAGAGAAGUCUCAGCCACUGGAGGUGUACUGUGACAUGGGCUCUGAUGGCGGUGGAUGGAUUGUGUUCCUGAGGCGCCAUAAUGGAAAAGAGGAUUUCUACAGGAGUUGGAGGACAUACACUGCUGGCUUUGGUGAUCCCAAGGAUGAGUUCUGGAUGGGCCUGGAGAAUCUCCACAAAAUCACCUCUCAGGGCCAGUAUGAACUGCGUGUGGAUCUGCGAGACAAGGGCGAGACAGCUUUUGCUAUCUAUGACAAGUUUAGUGUUGGAGACUCCAAGACCCGAUAUCGGCUAAAAGUGGAUGGAUACACUGGCACAGCAGGUGACUCCAUGAGCUAUCACAAUGGACGGGCCUUCUCUACCUAUGACAAGGACAAUGACUCUGCCAUCACUAAUUGUGCUUUGUCAUACAAGGGAGCUUUCUGGUACAAGAACUGCCACCGGGUCAAUCUGAUGGGCAGAUAUGGUGACAACAGUCACAGUCAGGGUGUUAACUGGUUCCAUUGGAAGGGCCAUGAAUAUUCCAUUGAGUUUGCAGAAAUGAAGUUGAGACCCUCCAGCUUCCGGAACCUAGAAGGAAGACGAAAGCGAGCAUAAAACCCAGGCAUGGUGGAGAAGUCGGGGGAGGGAUUGGGAGGGUCUUCCUGGAAUAAUUGGUGGGAGGGUGCGAGGGGCUGGUAAUUUUACCAAAGCAUCAGUUGACCCUUGGCCUAACUGGGGCUUCUUUUAUGGUCUAAGUGACAAGCCUUAUGCAACCACAGAUUCUUCAGCAGAGCAGCUCUAGCUAUUCAUGAUUAAUGUCCUUCACACCAAAGACAACAAUUCAAGGGUUCUGUGUUGUUUCUGUUUUAUUUUCCUCAGAGAGCUUCUGUGAUGAGAGUCUUCCAUCAUCUAAAUGUCUCUAGGAUGACUCGGGGAAGGGGCAGGGGAACAGGUUGUACAUUGAUAGUUUGUUUUAGAGCCAGCCAUAUUUACACACAAAAGUUUAUAUGUUCAAUUAUCAUUAUUAUUAUUAGUUAUAAUGGAAUACUUUGGGUCAUUGGAAAACUUUUUUUUUCUAUAUACCAUGUACCACAGAAAAAGAUAGGGGAAGCACUAUGAUUUCAAUAGUAAACAUAAAAUUAAUAUUAUUAAUAUAAUGACAAAGUAAUAAUAAUAAUGAUAAUAAUAAUAAUAAGCUAAGCUUGUCAUCUUCUUUUAAGGGAACAAUGCUUUCCAAAACACAGCAGGACAGUGUCUGAUUGUAAAUUUAAAAAAAAAAUAAAUAAAAGCACAAUUACUUUUAAAUGCAUUUUUACAUUUUUCUUCAUGCAUCAAGUUUACGCUCCUCCAGGGUAUUUUUUUAUUAGGUAGGGGAAUAAAUAAGGCUGAGAAUGAUCAGAACAUUAAACUUAUUCAGAAAAUACAGUUCCUUUUGUCAGUAUUUGGUUGUAAGUAUUUUGGUGGAUUUGUUACAAUGAAAAGUUUCAUGUUGGUUUUUAGAAGGUGUUCUUUUUUUCUUUCCUACCAGGAAGCACAUUAAAUCUGCUUUUUCUAAGUAUUACUGACCAACUCUUGCUUCUAACUAGGUGGGAAUCACUAACAAAAUAAAAAAGGAAAAUCGAAAAAAAGUUGAGAUUAGCUACCAAAUGGUAACUUUGAACACCUAUGUAAAUAAAGGGCUCGUUUUUUUAUACGAAUGAAGCCUUUGUGUAGUUCCUCUGUACUAUACUCUUUGAUUAAAGACAAUAAAAGAAAUUUUGUUUUAAA